CAGUAAUGCGCCAUCCUGCUGUUCGCCAGCCGCUAAUAAACGUCAACGAGACGGGAGCGAGCGGUGGCUACAGCUAGCUGUCAGGACCAAUAUCGCGCGUGUCCGAGAGGAAUCAUGUUUGAAAACUUCAGAGAAAAGCUUCACAUCGUCCAGCAGGAUUUCACAACGGGGUUGGUCCGCUACAAACAUUGUGUGAUCUGUCUGUUGUCCAGGUUUGAAGAGCAUGUUCCUCAUUUCAGUGCUGGCCUGGAAGUCCUGAACAGGUAUGAGGAGAGUUGGUUUCUGCUGCAUAAAAGAACGAAGGACUGUGCUCAGGCUGCAGAGGCACUGGAUGGUGACAUAGUGAUGCUCUCAGCACACUGGGAGAGAAAAAGGACGUCGCUAACACAACUGCAUGAACAACUGCAAAGCUUGCCGGCCUUUAUCAGCGAUCUUGAUGCCAUCACUGCUAACAUAGGUUCGUGUUCGUUUCUGUGGUCAGAUGACGAUAUGAUGUCAGCCACCUCAGCGUUUAGAGCUUCUACUUUAAGGAUUGAACACAAAACCUCAAGUUUCCAUGUUGAAUUAAUGAAAAUCGUCCUUUCUGUAAAUAGGAGGGAGUUGGAAUUACUCGAAGAGGAGUUGGGUUCUGAGCAUGCUCAGAAAGUAGCAGAGCUGGAGCUGGUCAUGCAGCAGAAACUGAGAGAGCGACAGAAAGUCUAUGAAGAAGCCUUUAACCAAGAUGUGGAAAAGUACCUGUCCACUGGAUACCUGCAGAACAGAGGUAAGAUUGAAAGAUUGAGUGGGGCGGGUGGAGGCUCGUCUUCUCUAAUAGGUCCAGACCUUACACGUUGCUCGUCUGAAUCUUCGAACCAAACCUCUCCCCCAAACGACCAGCUGUCCAACAAGGAUGUGUUCUGGCAGCCAGAAGAGGAACUGGUCAGUCAGGCGAGCGACGAGCCUCUGGUGCAGUCAGACGAAGAGGAUAUUCAUCCAGAUAUGGCUCUGGUUGGUCUCCAUGAUCUUGGUACUCUCAGAGGCUCUGACGACAGUGACAGUUCAGCAGACCUGCGCACUGGCACCUACGCGCUUGGAAAGGCCUGAAUGUUGGACCUGAUGCUGCUGCAUUGAUUUAGCAGAGCUUAGAGCUUUUCUGGUUCUCAAAGAUCUUCCAAAUGUUAGCCUCCAAUGCUUUUUUAAAGAUAUAUUUUCUUUGUUUUUUCCAAAUGUAAAGCUUUUGAAACAAUGAAUUGAUUCUACUAACCACAUGUAGGCAGAAAUGUAUUCGAUUGUUGGUUUGUUUAAAAAAAUCAAACAAACCCAAUCUGAUGACCUAACUGAGCCUUUAACAUUAGGGCGCUGUAUGCAGAGUGUUUCACAAUCAUAAGUAUUUAUCACCUGUUAUAAAAAUAUCAAUCUGUCAUAGCAGUGUUUUGCAUGUUUAUGCUGAUGAUGAUAAAUUCUUCUGACUUAGACAAAUGUCUAAUGGAUGGUAAUGAAUUAUUCAUUUGAGGAUGAUGUGGUUGCACGUUAAUUUCCUCUUUUGCAUGUUAUUGUUUAGAAUAUUUGAUUCCAGCAAUAUGUGGAUGACAACCAAAAUGUUCUGAAACAAGUGCACUAGCUUGGGCCGAGGGACAGACAGGGGACGGUCUACACUGGGGGGAAACAUCGGUGGAAAAGCCCCAGAGACGAGCAGAUCAGAACAUUCGAUGAACUGCUGCUGUGCGAGCUGUCUGUAUUUCUAUGCACGUGUUCGUUCAGUUUUUCUAUCAAAGGUUCCACUGUUGCAUUUUCAGUCUGCUCGUACAUUCCUGCACUGCUUUUCUGUUAUCUGUAUUUUCUCAGCUGCAAAUCAGGAAAUCAGGGACAGGACGCCGUAAUCUUGAUCGAUAAGCUUUGCUAGAAAUAUUCUUUCUGCAAAGAGAAACUUGGUGAGGCUCGAAGAAAGGAAGAUUUGGAAGAUUCAGAACAUGAGGAUAUUUGUCUUUAUUGGAUUGACAGUAGAGUUAGACCAGGCACCUCUGGUAAUGGGUCUAUCCUUCAACACAAGAGUCACCUGCUCAACCCGGUGAAUUAAAGCAGCGCUUUGAUUAGACAGAGUCUGAAAAUCAGUUUUAAGACGAGGAUUGACCGUUGGUCAGCUCCUAAACCAUCGACAGCCAGCAAGGACAGAAAUAUGUCUUGUGAAUCUCAGUGAGCUUUCCCAAGGAGUGAGGCACGCUGCAUGGCUGCCAGUAUGGUGCAGCUCAUUAAUUCUUAUUUUGAACUUUCAUCCCAGAUGUUUCCUGGUCUAAAUCCAAUAGCAACAAAACUAAGAGCUACAGCGUAUGUGGACCCAAGAUAGACAGCAAGACGACGUGAACCACAAAGCUUUAGCUUGUCUUGUAUAGAGGCAUUAACAGGCUGAAUUGUACAAAUUGACAUGAAUCCGAUCUUCAAAUUCACUUCAGUGAAUUAACCUUUGCAGUGAUCAGAAACCUUGGAUCAUUUUUAUUUCUUCAACAUAAAAAUGUUUUUCCACCCCUUUCAUAGUUAAGACAAAAUGAUCUCAGAGCAGUGACGGUAGAGCCAGCUGGUGUCCCAUCAGUUUAAUAUCAGUCCAUGUGCACGCGCAAACAACCAGGAAAAAGCUGCUGGCUCGUCAUCUUCAUUAGCUCAAGCUAGCAGGACAUGGAUACACAUCGGAAAUGGAGACCUUAUGCAGUAGGAUCCACGGAGACCAGAGCUAUAAGCAACAAUACUAACUGCAACCACAAGAUGGCUGUAAUCUCAAGAGGCAAACAAGCAGGUAGCUUUAUGGAGCAGUCUGAGGUGAAAGUUGAUUUUGUUUUACGAUUUCACUAGAAACACACUGCUCUCCUCGGUGUCCUGACAGAAUGCCUCGAUGUAAAAACCCUCUUUUAAUUUGAAUAACUUCCUAAUAAGGAACUUAAAUAGCACUGUGAGUUUAUUAUUGUUUAUUAUUUGUGUUAUUAGCCUGGAUCUACUGGCACUGUUGUAAUCAUCAGGUGGGAAUGUAUGUCUCAUAUUGUUUUUACAUUCUACAAAAAGGAAAACAGCAUAUUAUUGGAUUUGUCUUCUGUGAAACUGAUGCAUAAAUUUCAAUAAAAAUAUCUGGAAAAAAGAA